UGCACGCUCUUCCCAGCAGAACUUUGGAGUUCGGAAUUUGCGUUACCCGACAGAAAAUUGUAGUGGGACGAUUUUAAGUUGCGGCCGGAAGAGCUUUGGUCAAACUGCAGCUGCUGUGUAAUUUUUGGUUACACAAUUAAAGGAUAUGUCGGGACUGUCCGAAAUGGAGAAAGAGGGCUGUAAAGAGAUACUAAACUCUCUGUCGAACACGGAGUUGUUCGCUCUGAAAGAUACCGUGACAAAUAGGAUGAUUACAGUCGAGAGUGUGAAAGAAGCAGUGCAGGCCAUCAUAAGUUACAGUCAGUGUGCAGAGGAAUUGUUGAAACGCAAGAAGGUGCACAGAGAGGUCAUUUACACAUACCUGACAAACCAAGGAGUCGUCAUUCCUGCAAAUGCGGAAAAGCACGUGCUUGUUAAGAAGGCACUGGAGUACUGGAAGACCCCGAAGCCCAGCGUGGAGGUGAGAAAACCAGCGGCAGAAGUUAAAACAGACAAUGAAGUACACAAAGAGGGAGGGAACUCCAAGGGCUGCGAUUACCAGGUUUUAGGGGAGGAGUUUUGCAAGUGGUUCUAUCAGAUCCUCAACUCCCAGAAUCCUUCACUGGGGCUGGUGCCACAAGAGUGGGGCCCCCAGCACUUUUGGGAGGACGCCAAACUCAAGUUCUGCUACAGCACCUCAGAGCAGCAGUUUGAGGAGUACCAGGGGGCAGAGCUGGUCAGCCUGCGCCUUCUUGCACUUGUAAGAGACGAACUGCUCUUCCUUAACCCCAACCUGGAUGCAAACGGGCUGAAAUGUGUGUCCUCUCCCCACGGACUGGUGGUGGUGGCGGUAGCUGGAACCAUUCACAGGAACACUGCCUGCUUGGGCAUUUUUGAACAAGUCUUUGGUCUUAUCCGCGCUGCGAUUGGAAACAGCAGCUGGAAAAUAAAGUUUGUGAACUUAAAUAUCACAGGGCAAAAUGCUGUGGAAGAUGGGGAGGCUAAGCACCAGCCACUGCCUACAUUAACAUACCAGUCCAGCGAACUACAGGUCUUCUAUGGAUGACCAUGUCCACAGUUCCCCUCUCCCCAAAGAAUGGCUGCCAAAAUAUAUUGGCCAUAUAUUGCAAGAUAGGGGGAAGUUAAAUGUUAUAUACUGUUCAUGCAGGCUUUGUUUAAAGGCAUUACUCAUUUAUGUUACAGAGUAGAAGUUAUGAAAUAAAACUUGUGCAUGCGUUUUGGAUCUUUCA